AUCUUCGUUUCGGCUGGAAAAGGGAAAAGAAAAGAAAGCAAAAUGUUCGUUUAAAUUCUCCUCCAUGGACGCACCACCUCAGCAACUACUAGCUUCUUCUUUCCCAUGGCGGCCACCGGAUUUCACAUGCUCUCUGCCGUCGGAUUAUGCAACGGAGAGAAGCACAAGCAACUUCUUGGUGUAACCCUACCACCGGCACGCCGAUUCUCCGCUUCUGUCACCGCUUUUAGCUCGAGGCUUGUGGACUACGAGCAGCCAUUCGUUAAGGGCUUCUGGGAAUACCUCGAGGCGGCUAAGGAUUUCAUCAGACCGGAAGACAACAGCCCGUCUCGCUGGUUCUCUCCCCUCGAAAAAAGCAAGGAUCCAUGUGACGGCGCCCCGCUGCUUCUGUUCCUACCUGGUAUCGACGGAAAUGGACUCGGGCUAAUAAGGCAGCACCAGAAACUUGGACAGAUGUUUGAUAUCUGGUGCUUGCACAUACCAGCGAGCAAUCGCACUUCAUUCACAGAUCUAGUCGCCAUGGUUGAAAGAACUGUCAAAUCUGAAAAUCAACGAUCACCCAGGAAACCCAUAUAUCUUGUUGGAGAAUCUCUCGGCGCCUGCAUAGCACUCGCUGUUGCAGCCUGUAACCCUGAAAUUGAUCUGCUCUUGAUUCUUUCAAACCCAGCUACAUCAUAUGGGAAUUCUUUGCUGCAACAUCUUGCUCCCCUGGUUAAAGCCUUGCCAGACCAAUUUGAUCUUGCAUUUCCUUCCGUGUUAAGCUUGAUUCCAGGUGGCCCUUUAAAAAGGAUGGUUGCUCACUGGGUCAGGGGACUUCCGGAGAUGGAAACAGCUGCCAACAUAUAUCAAGAUUUGGUGAUAACAUCGACAUUAACUUCUAUCCUAGCUGAUACAUUUCGGAGAGAAACACUUCUGUGGAAGCUCAAGUUGCUUGAUGCCGCUGCUAUUUUUGCCAAUGCACAUCUACAUCUAGUACAAGCGCAGACUCUAAUUCUGUCCAGUGGAAAUGACCAAAUACUACCUAGUAAAUUUGAAGGCAAACGACUUCGGAAAAAACUGCCUAAAUGUGAAGUCCGCUCAUUCAAAGACAACGGGCAUUGCCUUUUUCUGGAGGACGGUAUUGAUCUGGUCAGUAUCAUAAAAGCCACUUCUUUUUACCGGCGUGGGUCUCACCAGGAUUACGUCUCCGACUACAUCCCACCAACCAUCUCUGAAUUUAACAAAAGUUAUGGGGUCAACAGGCUUCUUGAGGUGAUCAUGGGACCUGUAUUUCUGUCGACUACAGAAGAUGGGAAAGUGGUGCGGGGUCUUGGGGGAAUACCAUCGGAAGGACCUGUACUGUUGGUGGGCAAUCACAUGCUACUGGCGAGUGACAAGAUAUCACUCCCAGGUCAAUUUGUUCACGAGAGGAACAUCAAUUUGCGGCCUCUUGUGCAUCCCAUGAUGUUUACGAGACUGAGAGAUGGAUUGUUACCUGAUGUGUCUGUUUACGACAUGCUCAGGAUGAUGGGGUCGGUCCCCAUCUCGGGCACGCACCUCCAUAAUCUCUUGUCUGCUAAAUCCCAUAUUCUGUUGUUCCCAGGAGGCAUCCGCGAAGCUCUACACCGUAAGGGAGAAGAAUACAAGUUGAUGUGGCCAGAGAAAGCAGAGUUUGUGAGAGCAGCAGCCAAAUUUGGAGCCAAAAUAGUGCCCUUUUGUGGGGUUGGCGAAGAUGAUUUUUUAAGAGUGGUUGUAGACUACAAUGACCAGAUAAAGGUUCCGUUGGUGAAAGAGGUGCUAAAAAGAGUGACAGCGGAAGGCCCGGAGGUUAGGGGAAGCCUGGAAGGAGAAGAGGGGAACCAAGACUUCCACAUGCCAGGAGUGAUACCAAAGUGGCCAGGGAGAUACUAUUAUUACUUUGGGAAGGAGAUAAAGACGGGAGCAGAAGAGUUGAGAGACAGAGACAAGGCAAAGGAGGUGUACGCAGAGGUGAAGAAAGAGGUCGAGAGAUGCAUAAAGUUUGUGAAGCAGAGAAGGGAGAAGGAUCCCUACAGACCCCUCUUGCCCCGUCUCCACUAUCACCUGCAGCAUGGCCUCCUCUCGCAAGUCCCCACUUUCCCUUUUUGAAUACCUUUACACAAUUUUCAUAGCCCGUAUGCAAACAGUGAUAUCCCAUAACAUUUGGGCUUUUCAUCUCAUGAAUCACCCACGUUGUCAAAUUUCCCCUAAACAAACACUAUCACAAUUUUGGGAAACUAGAGAUCCUAACUAAACGAGAUAAGAGUUGGUUU